GACUGAAAUUCUAAUAUAGACUGGAUUUCUCAAGCCAGAGGAUCAUAUUCAUACAAAAAAAUUACAUAAUAAAAAAGAAAUUCAUUAUAGUUCAUUGGGGAUAGAGAAGAUCUUACUGUGAAGGCUUGAGGACGAUGGAGGGAAGUUGGAGAAGAGAAAAACCUGCAUCCACGGAGGAGGAGAUCGAGAAAUUUGCCGAAGAAGAGAAGAGCGGUAGGAGGAGACCUAGAAGAUGAGGCGAAAGAAGAGGCUUUUGAUUCCAAGCAAAAUCCCUGGCCCUUUCUUUGGAUUUGCUAGAAACUUUUUUAUUUAUAUUUCAGCCUAAGAAUCCACCACAAUCUAUUUUUUACAACAAUUCUUGAAAAUCUAUUAUUUUCUCAAUUCAUUAGAUUUAGAAAGAUUUUUUAAAAUCUCAUACCUCAAAAUUUUAAAUAAUUUUUUAAAAUCCCAAUUGAAUACCUAUUGACUUUUAAAAUCCAAAAAAUCUUACAAAGUCAGGAUUGAAUACACCUCCCUUAAUUUAAGAUCUUCUCCCAAUGGGAAAUGGCCGAAUCGUCGCACUCUCCAUCACAGUCUGCGUGGUCUCCUUCGUGAUCUCGAAGAUUGUGAUUGCGGUCCUCUGCUAUCGCCGAUGGAGGAUAAAACACAUGGCGGAGGUCCGCCACUGUUUGUCAGAUAUGGCGGCCGGCGGCGGGAAGCUAUUGUUGUUCAGAACGGCGAAGACGAAUGCAUUAAAGUCUGAGGCGGUAGUGAAUAGGGUGAUGAAGCUGGAAAGCAAAGACGUUAUCGGAUCUGGAGGUUUUGGGACAGUUUACAAGGUGGUGAUGGAGGAAGAAGGCGUGAGUUUCGCCAUUAAAAGGCUGAACAGGAUUAGCGCGGAGGAGGACAGGGGGUUUGAGAGGGAACUGGAGGCCAUGGCUGAUAUCAAACACAGGAACAUUGUCACACUCCAUGGAUACUAUUCUUCCCCUCACUAUAACCUUCUCAUCUAUGAGCUCAUGCCUAAUGGGAGCUUGGAUAAAAUGCUUCAUGAUAAAAGUCCAAUCAAGAAGGUUUUGGACUGGGAAUCAAGAUUGAGAAUUGCUGUGGGAGCUGCAAGGGGAUUAUCAUAUCUGCAUCAUGAUUGCAUUCCUCACAUAAUCCACCGUGACAUCAAGUCCAGCAACAUAUUGCUGGACCAGAACAUGGAGGCUCAAGUCUCUGAUUUCGGACUUGCCACUCUUAUGGAACCAAACAAGACUCAUGUUUCAACUCUGGUUGCUGGAACCUUUGGCUACUUGCCUCCUGAGUACUUUGAAACCGGAAAAGCGACUGUGAAAGGAGACAUUUACAGCUUCGGAGUGGUCCUUCUAGAGCUUAUAACGGGAAGAAGGCCGACAGAUGAAGCAUUUGUGGAAGCAGGAACCAAGCUAGUGGGCUGGGUUAAGGCUGUUGUUGCAGACAAGAGGGAAGAGUAUGUAGUUGACCACAACUUGGCUGAGUGCCGAACAGGUGAGAUAACCCAAUUUUUUAAUGUUGCAAUGAUGUGCCUCGAGUAUGAGCCAUCCAAGAGACCUACCAUGGCUGAGGUUGUCAAGAUGCUUGAACAAAUAAAGCUUGAUGGUUUGGUAUGAGUUAUUGAUUUCAAAAGGUGCAUGUACAAGGAGUAACAAUGUAUAAUGAAUUUAUUUACAUUGGUUCAAGGAAUUUGAGAGAGAAAGGAAAAGAAAAUGAGAAGAAAAAUGUUUUUCUAGUUUGGUUAGAGAGGGAAAAAAAAGAAAAGUGGAAGGAAAAAAAGAGAAGACAAAAUGUACUAAGAGGAUGGAAAACUAAAUUCCUCCUAUUUUGGUGAGGGAAUUGAGGGAAAAUCAUUAUAUUCUAUUUCCUUUUCCUUUCAAAUUCCUUGAACCAAACACACUUUUAAGGUCUCUUUUUUUUAGAUUAUGGAACCUGAACACUACAUGG